AUGGCCAACAAUUUCGGACCCCUCUUUCAAAUCACUAUCAACGGCGAAAAGCAGAUCUUUGCGACCAGCCAGGCUCUGGUCGAUGAGCUCUGCGACGAAUCCCGUUUCCACAAGGCCGUUGUCGCUGGAGUCCAGAACUUACGAAUGCUGGUCAACGAUGGCCUCUUUACAGCCUACCACGGAGAGCGUGGCUGGGGCAUUGCUCAUCGCAUUCUGGUGCCUGCCUUUGGCCCGCUACGUAUCCGGAACAUGUUCGAGGACAUGAGUGAUAUAGCGCAACAGUUAUGUUUCAAGUGGGCCCGCCAAGGAGGUUCGACCAGUAUCAAUAUCACUGAUGACUUUACGCGCCUCACAUUAGACACUAUCGCCCUCUGCUCGAUGGGGUUUCGGCUGAACAGCUUUUAUAAUAGCGAGACUAUGCACCCAUUUGUUCAAUACAUGGUGGACGUGCUGAGGGAAGCCGAUGUCCAAGCCAUGCUUCCCGGGAUCGCAAACUCCCUGCGCGUCACGGCCCAGCGGCGCAUGUCUAAGAACAUCGAGGCGAUGAGGAGCAUAGCCCGCGAAAUCAUCCAAGGGCGCAGAGAUAAAGGGGAGUCAGUCGAUGACCUCUUGAACACACUGUUGAGUGGGCGGGACCCAGUCACUGGCGAAGGCAUGACCGAUGACUCGAUCAUUGACAAUGUCAUCACCUUUUUGAUUGCGGGCCAUGAGACCACCUCCGGCCUGCUCUCGUUCACGUUUUACUACCUGCUGCAAAACCCGCACAUCUUGGAGCAGGCCCGGAACGAACUUCCAUACAUCGACGCCAUUUUGAAGGAGACUCUGCGCCUGAUGCCGACCGCCCCAGCCUUCGCCGUCUUUCCAAAGAAGCCGGAGGUGCUGGGCGGGAAAUGGACGAUCAAUGCCAGACAGGCCGUCAUCGUCCUGCUGCCUGCCUGCCUGCGUGACCAAGCCGUCUUUGGGCCUGACGCGGGCGAGUUCCGCCCUGAACGCAUGCUGGAAGAGAAUUUCUCUCAGCUCCCGCCGAACUCGUGGAAGCCAUUUGGCAACGGCGAACGCAGCUGCAUUGGCAGGGCCUUUGCCUGGCAGGAAGCCCAACUGGUGGUUGCCAUGAUCCUUCAAACGUUUGACUUGGUGGGCAAUGACCCAUCCUACAAACUCCGCAUCAAAGAGACUCUCACCAUCAAGCCCGAUGGCUUCCGGCUCCGAGCCACGUUGCGCCGCGGCCAGAGUGCCACUGGGCUAUCCAGGCGAAGUAUGUCGGUGAGCGCUGAUGGGACCUCGGCGGCAUCGUCAACUCAUCUCGCCGGGAAAUGCAAAGGCCUGGAGCCGGCAGGAGGGCAGCCGGUUUCCUUCUUCUACGGCUCCAACAGCGGAACUUGCAAAGCCCUCGCCCACCGGUUGGCGUCGAACAUGAUGGCCCGUGGCUUUACCAACCAGAAGCUUGCCCCGCUCGACAGUGCCGUCGACAACCUGCCGAGAGAUCAGCCAGUGAUCAUUGUAACAACCACCUACGAUGGGCAACCCACGGACGACGCGAAGAAGUUUAUUGCUUGGCUGGAAAGCGGCAAGGUCCCCGCUCUCCAAGGUGUCUCCUAUGCAGUCUUCGGCUGCGGCCACCAGGACUGGACCAAAACAUUCUAUCGCGUCCCGAUCUUGAUUGAUGACAUGAUGCACAAGGCUGGAGCCACACGUCUUGCGGCGCGAGGCGCAGCCAACGCUGCUGUCAGCGAUCUCUUCUCGGACCUCGAAAAGUGUGAAGAGACAAGCCUGCUGCCCGCCCUCCGCGAGACAUUCCUCCCGUCCAGCAGCAGCGACGUCGAGCUACUCAACCCGCAGCAGCUUCAAAUUAGCUUGAGCAAGCCCAGGAGGGUGGGCAUGCACCAGGGCCUCGUGGAGGUGAAAGUGACUGCCGUCCGGAUCCUAACCAGCCCGGGGACCCUGGAGAAGCAACAUGUGGAAUUCCGCAUCCAGGGUGAAACCACCUUGCGUCCAGGCGAUCAUCUCAAUAUCCUCCCGGCCAAUCCGCCUAGCACGGUCUCAAGAGUCCUAGCUCAUUUCGAUCUCGCACCGGACUACAGUAUCACUAUCAACUCGUUCAACACGCUUGGUCUACCCCACGCCACACCUGUGUUGGCGGCCGAGCUGUUUAGCUCAUACGUAGAGCUGUCCCAACCGGCAACGCGAAAUAACCUCAAAGCACUCGCCGCAACCGCACUGUCUAAUGCAGACAAACAAGAGCUGAUCCGUUUCCAUGAUUCCAACGAUCCACUCGUCCGGGACAAGCGCGUCUCGGUUUCGGAUCUGCUUGAACAAUUCCCCUCCAUCUCACUUCCUCUCGCGGCAUUUAUCUCCAUGCUCCCGGCUUUGCGCGUCCGGACGUACUCCCUUUCCAUGGCCCCCUCAUUCAAGCCUUCUCACGGUUCGCUCACCUUCUCCGUCGUCAACGAGCCAGCAUGGAGUGGCAAUGGACAGUAUCUGGGCGUCGGAUCGAACUACCUUGCCUCGCUCACAUUAGGGUCCAUUCUCUACAUAUCGCCGCGACCCGCCAAAGACGCUUUCCAUCUCCCGAUGGACCAGUCCAGCGAACCCAUCAUCAUGAUCUGCGCGGGGACCGGUCUUGCCCCCGUCCUUAGCUUUAUCCAAGAGCGCAUGGUCUGGCUACAGCAGGGCAAACCACUCGCAAAGGCGCUGCUGUUCUUCGGCUGUCGAGGUCCCCAUCUGGAUGAUCUUUACCAUGAGGAAUUAUCCGAGUUUGAAUCCGCUGGCGUGGUCGAGGUUCGCAGAGCGUACAGUAAAGCCCCGGACCAUGACCUGGCCAAGGGAUCCCGGUAUGUGCAACACCGGUUGGUGACAGAAGCCGAAGCAAUCCAAGAUCUCUGGGCUCAGAAUGCGAAAGUCUACGUCUGCGGUUCGGGGAAUCUGGCCAAGGGGGUCCAGACCGCUUUAGAGAAUAUGCUAGGGGCGUUGCCUCAGGAGUGA